UCGGCGGCGGCGCCGGCACCGGGAGCGCAGCGAUGGCGGCGGCGGCGGAGCUGGAGCGGCUGCGGAUGGCGGGGGCCGGCAUGGCCAUCGCCGUCCUCACCAGCGGCGGUGACGCGCAAGGCAUGAACGCCGCUGUCCGCGCUGUCACCCGCAUGGGGAUAUACGUGGGAGCCAAGGUCUUCCUCAUCUACGAGGGCUACGAGGGGCUGGUGGAGGGGGGUGACAACAUCAAGCAAGCCAACUGGCUCAGCGUCUCCAACAUCAUCCAGCUGGGCGGGACGGUGAUCGGCAGUGCCCGCUGCAAGGCCUUCACCACGCGGGCGGGCCGGCUCCGCGCCGCCCGCAACCUGGUGGAGCACGGCAUCACCAACCUGUGCGUCAUCGGCGGCGACGGCAGCCUCACCGGGGCCGACAUCUUCCGCUCCGAGUGGGCCGGGCUGCUCGAGGAGCUGGUGCGAGACGGGCAGAUCAGCGAGGAGGUGGCGAGGAAGAACUGCCACCUGAACAUCGUGGGGCUGGUGGGCUCCAUCGACAACGACUUCUGCGGCACCGACAUGACCAUCGGCACCGACUCGGCGCUGCACCGCAUCAUGGAGGUCGUGGAUGCCAUCACCACCACAGCGCAGAGCCACCAGCGGACGUUUGUGCUGGAGGUGAUGGGUCGCCACUGCGGGUACCUGGCGCUGGUGUCCGGCCUGGCCUCGGGCGCUGACUGGCUCUUCAUCCCUGAAUCCCCUCCAGAGGACGGCUGGGAGGACCUCAUGUGCGAGAGGCUCGGGGAGACACGCAGCCGGGGCUCGCGGCUCAACAUCAUCAUCAUCGCCGAGGGCGCCAUCGACCGCAGCGGCAAACCCAUCUCCUCCAACUACGUGAAGGACCUGGUGGUGCAGCGCCUGGGCUUCGACACGCGGGUCACCGUCCUCGGCCACGUGCAGCGCGGAGGGACCCCGUCCGCCUUCGACCGCGUGCUGAGCAGCAAGAUGGGGAUGGAGGCGGUGAUGGCGCUGCUGGAGGCCACGCCAGACACCCCAGCCUGUGUGGUCAGCCACUCCGGGAACCAGUCGGUGCGGCUGCCACUCAUGGAGUGUGUCCAGGUGACAAAGGAUGUGCAGAAGGCCAUGGAUGAGAAGAGGUUCGACGAGGCCAUCCAGCUCCGUGGAAGGAGCUUUGAGAACAACUGGAACAUCUACAAGCUGCUGGCGCACCAGAAGCCGGCUCAGGAGAAGAGCCCCUUUAGCAUGGCCAUUCUGAACGUGGGAGCGCCGGCCGCGGGCAUGAACGCUGCGGUGCGCUCGGCCGUGCGCAUCGGCAUCUGCCAGGGACACACCAUCUACGUGGUCAAUGACGGCUUCGAGGGCCUGGCCAAGGGGCAGGUCCGCGAGGUGGGCUGGCAUGACGUGGCAGGAUGGCUGGGCCGUGGUGGCUCCAUGCUGGGCACCAAGCGGACGCUGCCCAAGACCUGCAUGGAGAAGAUCGUGGAGAACGUGCGCAAAUUCAACAUCCAGGGGCUGCUGGUCAUUGGGGGCUUUGAGGCAUACGAGGGGGUGCUACAGCUGGUGGAGGCACGCGGGCAGUACGAGGAGCUCUGCAUCGUCAUGUGCGUCAUCCCCGCCACCAUCAGCAACAACGUGCCCGGCACCGACUUCAGCCUGGGCUCUGACACGGCCGUCAACGCUGCCAUGGAGAGCUGUGACCGCAUCAAGCAGUCGGCCUCGGGCACCAAGCGCCGCGUGUUCAUCGUGGAGACCAUGGGGGGCUACUGCGGGUACCUGUCCACGGUCACCGGCAUCGCCGUGGGCGCCGACGCCGCCUACGUCUACGAGGAUCCCUUCACUAUCCACGACUUGAAGGCCAACGUGGAGCACUUGACUGACAAAAUGAAGACGGAUAUCCAGAGAGGGCUGGUGCUGCGCAAUGAGAAGUGCCACGAGCACUACACCACCGAGUUCCUCUACAACCUUUACUCCUCCGAGGGCAAAGGCAUCUUCGACUGCAGGAUCAAUGUCCUGGGCCACCUGCAGCAGGGGGGAGCCCCGACCCCCUUUGACCGGAACUACGGGACCAAGCUGGGAGUGAAGGCGGUGCUGUGGAUGUCAGAGAAGCUGCAGCAAGUCUACAGCAAGGGACGUGUGUUUGCCAACUCUGGAGACACUGCCUGUGUGAUUGGGCUGCGGAAGAAGGUGGUGGCCUUCAGCCCUGUGACAGAGCUCAAGAAAGUCACGGAUUUUGAGCACAGGCUGCCCCAGGAGCAGUGGUGGCUGAACCUACGGCUGAUGCUGAAGAUGCUCGCCAACUACCAGAUCAGCCUCACCGAGUACAUCUCAGGCCAGAUGGAGCACGUCACCCGGCGCACCCUCAGCAUCGAGAAGGGCUUCUAGUCCCACCAGCCUGGCCCACAGCCCCCCCGUGUCCUCUCUGUGCCCACAUGCUGCUGGGGGAGCACUGGUCCCCUCUGUUCUCAGUAGCCCUGUAGCUUUGCCAUCGACCCCUUACAGCAGGCAGAGCCUGGUGCUGUGUCCCAGAACAGCACAAUCACUGCUGCAGGUUCUGGUCCCUGUGCGGAUGCAGAAGAGUUGCUUGAGCCAGCCGUGCAGCCCAGGCCCUUAAUCUUCCCUUAAUAGUUUAUUAUUAUUUAAUCUUGGGGUAUUUUGAGUCCUUGUUUAGCGGCUUGACCGCCUGAGCCAACUGCUGCUGCUUGUAGUCGCCUGCCCCACGUGCGGGAGGGGAGCGAGGAGGAUGCAGAGCCAUCAGAGUGGGUUGGAGCAGUUCCUUGGAGCUUCUGGGUGUCCCUGUGGAGCUCCCAUCCCCCAUGGGGGUCUCGAGGGCUGAGCACGGGGGUCCUGGCGAGCCCCUGUCCCCUUGCAUGACGCUUGGCUGCGACCGUCACCGCGUGGCUGUGGGCGCCGUGUCCGUCACCUCACCCUGGAUCCUGCACCACCCACGGUGCUGCUCCUCUCCUCUAGAGAUAAAACCUGCUGGAGCCAAA